AUGAAGUCGAUAUCUUCCCUCGCCCUCGUUGCGGCCACUCUUUUUGUCGCUGUGUCGAAUGCCACUGACGACAAUCUGCCAGCUCAAGGAUGUUUCUCGUCAACUCUCGGCUUGAAAGUCGCAGGCACCACAGACAUUUACACUUCCAAAGGUUCUUGCAGUAAGCUGUGUCUUGCUAAUGGCUCCACGGUCUUCGGAUUGACCAAUUCGACGUGGUGUUACUGUGGCACAACAAUACCGCCUGUCGAUACCCAGGUUGCCAAUUCAUCCUGCAACACAGGAUGCCCGGGCUUCCCUGCUGACAAGUGUGGUGGUGGUUCAAAAUACACUUCUGUGUAUCUCCUAAGUGACAGCCUUCAAGGCACUGUCUCUAACAUCAAUGACGACGGAACCACACCUUCAAGUACCACCGUAACAACCCCUUCACAUACAGCGUCGACGACCCAAUCAGUUGUUACUGUUGUGAACGGACAAACCGUCUACGUCACCCCAACCGCUACCGCCACGGGUAAAUCGUCGUCAGGCGGUCCGAGCAAGGCUGGAAUUGCUGCAGGUGUUGUUGUUGGACUCAUCGCUAUUGCAGCAAUCGCUGGAGGGGUGUUCCUUUUCCUCCGAAACAAGAAGAGGCGUGAGGUCGAGGAGGAGUAUAGACGGAACGCCGCCAUAAACCAGUUCACACAAGGUGGGAAGCACCCAAGCAGCAGCGCUGGUGCCUCUACUUUAUCCGACAUGCGUCUCGACCCGGCCGUCAUGGCUCAGCGAAGGAUGAGCGACGGCAGCAUUGCCGAUAACCAAGACUACUCGAGGAGAAUCCUCAAGGUAGUUCAUACCGAUCCCGCUUGA